AAUUUUUAUUUAGCCGCGCCAGCAAAAUAACCUCGCCGCCGUCGCACUCUGCUGAUCGGGAAAACGCAAAGAUACAAAAGAAAAAAGUGGUGGAUUAAAAUUGAAAUGCUUAGAAAUUUAAAAAAAGAAUUAUGAAGUAGUUAAUAGAAAGUAAAUAAAUUUAAGUGCCGCGAGAAUUUUAUAUUCAAGAGAAAAAGGUGUGCCGAUAUGUAUAUAUUGUGAAUACAUGCGACAAUUGUAACUCAAAGUUAGCCGCGUCGUCCUUGAAUUUAUCGGGCACACAACAACAAUGGAUGACAUUCUUCUGUGAGCGGUGGCAUAAAGAAAUUAUCCGAUAGAGAAAGAUUUUAUUGUAGCAUCGUCGUACCUGCCUGCCAUAAUCAUCAUCACCUAGAGUAUAUACACAUAUCUUAUUUAAUCAAGGAUACAUUCCUAUAGAAAUCUGUGAAAACAGAAAUAUAUACAAUUGCUUAGUAUAUAUAUACAAUUGCUGGUGUAUAAGUGCAAUUAUUUUUGAGCAUUCUGUAAAGUGCGUAGUGCAAUGGAAUAGUAAGAAGGAAAAAAGUGAGCCCUUGUUUGUUGCCUAGUGGCAAAAGAUGCACAGAGCUAUAGGCAAAAAAGUUUGCGCAUUUUAACUCAUUUUUUGGAUCAAUUGGAUAUCUUUUGAAAAGGCUGCUGCUAUCAUUAAAGACAGCGUUUUUUUUUUUACUGAACACAAUUCAGUGUGAGCUCUGUGAGCAGUGUUUGUGUGUGAGUGUUGUUGCAAAUUGUUAUUUUUCAAAGGAAAUUGAAGCUUGACAAGCAAGCGCUUCCCCGAAACCUUUCAUUGUGGAUAAAUAGACAUUAAAAACAAAAAUUUCAUCAACAUGGAAACAAUAGAUGAACAAUCUUCUAAAUAUGAAAUGUCAAUUUCCUCAUCUCCGUCACCGGAAAAUUUACGCAUUUGCCUUGUGGGCAGUGUAGUGCAAAAUGAUGCUGCCGUUGAAGCUGCCCAUACAUUUGGUGUCCCCGUCAUAACAUCUGAAACUGGUCUGGAACUUGUUAACGAUUAUGAUUGGCGAACAUAUUUCAUAUUAAAUGACUUUGAAGGUCCUGUGUACGAGGCGAUACACAAAAGUAAACAAUGCAUAUUGGGUCCUCCAGCUUUGCAACAGGCAGCCGAAAUGAAAGAUGGUCUGACACACAAUGCCCGUCCCAUUUACAACUAUUCCAUGCGUGGUGUUGUAACGUGUUUCACGGGCAUACGCAAAAAAGAUGAAUUGACAAAAUUGGUGAAUUUAAUACAUUCAAUGGGCGGAUGCAUACGCAAGGAUAUGAAUUCCAAAAUCACUCAUUUAAUCAGUUCUCACAGUGGUGGAGAAAAAUAUCAAUAUGCCAAAACGUUUCGAUUAACAGUGGUGCGACCAAAUUGGGUUUAUGCUGCAUGGGAAAGAAGAAAUGAGACAGAUUUUAAAGCCACCACCGAUGAAUUCUCCAAAGAUCACAAACUGAAAGCCUUCGAAGGACAGAAGAUUUGCUUUUUUGGUUUCCCUGCCGAUGAACAUCAACACAUGGUUGAUAUACUAAAAAGUAAUGGAGGUGUACCCGCCGAAUUGGAUGAUCCUGAGUGUUCACAUGUGGUUAUGCCUAAUACGGGUGGUUACUUUUCUGAAACUCUUAAUAACAAUAACAAUAAUAAUUGCAAUACUAACAGUAAUUCACAAAUUCAAACCAAUCCCAAUCCUGAAGAAUCCAAUCCUAAACCAGAUGAUGAUAAUGGAAUGGAAGUUGAUGAUGAGGUUGAAUCAGCCAUUGAAGCGGCCAAAGGUAUUGAAGCAAUCAAACCGAAUUUAAACGAAAAUCUGAUUACUGAGGGCAAACAGUUGCAAAACAUCGAAAAUGAGGAAGACAACGAUGACGACGAAGAUAAUGAUGAUGACGAAGAAGGUCAUUUUGAUGUACGUCUGGUAGUUGACUAUGAGCGAAAUUUGAAACAGGAUGAAGAUGAUUUGGUCAACGAUUUGAUACCCUUUGUCGAUGACCUCGAAGAGGAGAGAGUUGUGUUGAAACCUGCCGAUGGCAAUUCUCAUGCCAGCACCCCCAAAUCCUCCAAGGCUAUACAUGCUUUGUUGCCCUCCAAGCAACUGGAAUAUAAAAUCAACAAUUUGGUCAAUGUUACUUCGAAUGAGUUUCAAAAUAACUCAGCAAAUUUAUCACCAAUUUGUAAGAAAGACCAUCAAGAUUUAACAGGCCCUGCAAAGUCAACACCUCAAGAUGACUCUUGUUUUCCCAUGGACCUGGAUAUGGAUGAUUUGGAGGCCGAUCCAGAUGCCGACUUGGAUGAGGCCCAACGAGAGUUGAAACGCAAACGUGAAAGUCUUGAUAGCAUUUCCCUAAUGUCCGUAGAAUCGUUUGCCCUGCCAACUAGUACAAAGAAGCCUAAACUAUUGCGCACUGGAUCGAUAUCUCGCACCAUAAAACGUUCCAUGAGCUUCGUGGCCGUACGCACUCCCAUAGCCAAGAUGUUGAGACCGCGACGCAGUUCGGUGGCUUUGGAUACUGCUCCCACAGAUAUAACAGACAAUGACAAUGAUGAUGACCACAAUGAGAAUGCCAAUGAUUCAUUUUGCUCCAUAGCUUCGGUGGAGAGUACCUUUAAUGAGUCCAUACGUAAACCUGUCAAGGAGAAAUUGCGUAGCCUACGCAAUCGUAUAACGCGCAGCAGUAGCCGACGCGAGAAAUAUGUUGUCAGCAACAAUGGUCAGAAAACUGCUGACAAUAAAGGAGAGGAUUCGGCGGCUGAUGCUCAAAAUGAUAAGGAGGAUUUUAAAACUCCCAAAGCCCCUUCCAAAUAUAACUAUGCCUGUUUGUCGGCUCCUAGGCCCAACACUAGAUCCCUCAGCCAAUCAAUGUCUGCUUCAGCAGUAUCAUCAACUUCCAAAAUUUCCCAUAAAUCCCUUAACCUCUCAAGCAUCGAUGGUCCGUUUGUUAACUCCAAUAAUUCCUUUUUCCAAAAAAUGAAUACCUCUACUAAUCUACCGGCUGAUUGUAAAAAUGUGGGUUUACUUGGUACUAACGCUUUACGUCUUACAUCCGCUUCCGCUUCCUGUUCUAUUACUAACCCAAUUAUACCGCCCAGUAACCAAUCGCUUGAAAUAAAUUCAAACGAUCACCAUAUCGCCCAUCAUCAUCAUGAGCAUCAUCGUGUUGUACAAAAACAAUCGCAAUCAUAUGCAAAUCAUAACAAAGCAGCAAAUGUGGACUCAAGUUGUGCACCACCUACAGUUGCACCGGCUGCCAUACAUUCGGUGGUUGAUAAGCACACCACUCAAACCAAGCCUGAGCCAAAAAAUCAUCGUACCCAUAUCCUAAAAUCCGAUUGGUUUUGGUAUACCAUACAAAAUGGUUAUGCCGAUGAAAUGGAUUAUCUCUUUGGAGAUUACUUGGAUAGCAUUGCCAAUACCCCCAAUACAGAUCGUCGUGAUUCCUUGCCGAUUAGCUUCAAUAAACGCAAACGUAAACGUUUCUCACAACGCAUCCAAUUGGAGGGUACACCUUUAGGUUCCACCAAGCGACGUUCAUCCGUAUCGGAUGCUGGUCUUCUAUCUGCUUCGGGAAGUUUCUUUGAUUGCACCACCAGCCCCUCAAAAUUAGAAAAUGGUACUAUUCUGACAGAGCCUGAGACAUCGACAUGUGAGGUUCAGACACCGGGGAAGAAGGCAUCAAUGCGUUUUAAUCAUUUUAUGGAUUUCUAUAGUACGGAAUCGAAUUAUGUUGGUAUUUUGGAUACAAUAGUGAAUCUGUUUAAAAAUCCUCUUGAGGAGAUUGCCGAAUCUAGUGAUGCUCUCUUAAAUAAAUCAGAAAUUAAAGCAAUUUUUGGUAAUUUUAUACCCAUACACGAAGUACAUCAGAGUAUGUUGGAACGUUUGAGAGCCAUACACAGCAAAUGGUCGGAAGAGUGUCUAAUUGGUGAUAUUAUACUGCAGCAUCAAGAUGAGCUUAUAAAGGCCUAUCCACCUUAUGUGAAUUUCUUUGAACAAAUGAAAGAGACCCUUAUACAGUGUGAUACACAAAACCCAAGAUUUCAUGCCUUUCUGAAAAUCAAUCAAACGAAACCGGAGUGUGGAAGGCAAACAUUACAGGAUCUUAUGAUUAGACCUGUACAAAGAUUACCCAGUAUUAGUUUGUUGCUGAACGAUAUACUAAAGCAUACAAAUAAAAAUAAUCCAGAUUAUGCCAGACUUGAAGAGGCCCUAAAGGCUAUACGAGUGGUGAUGACGCAUAUAAACGAGGAUAAAAGAAAGACAGAGUCGCGUAUGGCCAUUUUUGAUAUCUUUAAUGAUAUUGAGGGAUGUCCGGCUCAUUUGGUAUCCUCCAAUCGCAAUUUUAUUUCACGCUGCGAAGUCUCCGAACUCACCGAUAAUCUUAGUGGGCGUGGCGAUAGUUUGGUCUUGUACUUAUUCUCCGAUUCCAUUGAAGUCUGCAAGAAGCGAUCGCGUGGUUUCAAUUCCGCCAAAUCGCCCAGCACAGCGAAAUGUUAUAAACACAUUAAGCUGAUGUCCUUAAAUGCCAUACGCUUUGUCAUAGAUAUCACCGAUAGCCCGCGGGCAUUUGCUUUGCUAUGUCGCCAGGACAAAGAUAAAUUGCAUUCAUUCACCAUCACCGAUGAGGAAAUUGAUAAAGUGGUCUAUUUGAAAAGCCUGUGUAAGCAAAUGGCUGAAAAUGCCUGCAGAACAGAUACGGAUAAGGCGCUACUAUGUCGUACUUCACAAGAAUUGGAAGUGGAUAUUAGUGAUGUUAAUCUGAGUACGCUAUCGAAAGCAUUUAAGUUGGCGGCACGCACACGCCUAAAGGUCGGGCGCGCAUUUUCAUUCAACAAAACCCCUUCCAAAUUGAAACGUGCUGUGUCAACAAUGAUGACAUCACCAUUUGGCAGUACAAAUUCCCUAACACCCGCCUCGCAAUUAGCCCAAAUGCGUUUGGCCAGUUGUACAAAUAUUCAUGAAGUUGUUGAUGACGAUAAUUCCAAUAUGCGCAGCAGUUCACCCUCUACACACUCUGAGGUUAUAGCUCCCCCAAUGUCUGUGCAGCCGACUCGUAAAAAUAUGGCCUCAUGUAUAGGCAGUGUUGGACGUAUUUAAUUAUGCCUUCAAGACACCAAAAGUAAUCCCAAGUUCUGUGUGUCUCUAACUAUGAAUCGGUUAGGAUCAUGUGAGAACAUUGAAUUUCCGUUACAGCUUCAAAUACUCGUUCAAUUUCUACCCUUUGGGAGACAAAUAAUGUAAAGUUAAACAGUUUUCGUUUGAAAAUGUUUUAAGGAUUUUUUUUUCAAUCAUUUAUUGGCGUCCUAGUGUCACUUGUAAAUGAAGACACUUUAAAAAAGUCAUUAAGGAAAUACACACACACAUCCAAUUCCUUAUGAAUCUUGAUAAGAAUUUUGUUGUAAUUUUUAACAGAUCUUGCAACACUCUCUCUUUCCAAAUGAUUAUGUUGCAUGCAGAAACUAAUAUGAAAACAAAGGAAAAAGCUACUUAUACAUAAACUUUAAAUUAAACUAAAGUAUUUUAAAUACUCGAAUUUUAUGUCCUUUUUAUUGUGAAAAAAUGCAAAGGCUUUCGUUUUAGACACUCUUUUUUUUAUCUAUAAAACAAAAAACAAAACAAACCCCAAUUAUUAUUACUACUCUCUAUCAUAUUAAAGGACUUUUUAAAAUUGUCUUCUUAAUCCAAUGUUUAAGCGAUUUUUCUUAUAGAUUUAUACUUAUACAUUUAUAUAUAUAACUGAACGUAAAGUAGUUUUAUAUAUAGGAUUAUUUUCAUAAAAAUUUUAAUUUUUAUAGUGUAUUCGGUCACAAUUUAUGUUUUCCUUGUGUGUUCUUAUACCCUCCACCCAUAGGAUCUGGGUAUACUAAUUUCGUCAUUCUGUUUGUAACACCUCGAAAUAUGCGUCUAAGACCCCAUAAAGUAUAUAUAUAUAUUCUUGAUCGUCGUGACAUUUUAAGUCGAAGUAGCCAUGCCCGUUCAACUCUCCGUCCGUCAGUCUGUCUGUCGAAAGUACGCUAACUUUUGAAGGAGUAAAGCUAACCGCUUGAAAUUAUGCACAAAUACUUCUUAUUAGUGAAGAUCGGUUGGGAUUUUAAAUGGGCUAAAUCGGUUCAUGUUUUGAUAUAGCUGCCAUAUAACCGAUCUGGAAUCUUGACUUCUUGAGCCUCUAGAGAGCGCAACUGUCAUCAGAUUUGGCACAAAUUUUGUACAACGGCUCCUUCCAUGGCCUUCAACAUACGUGUAGAAUAUGGUCAGAAUCGAUCUAUAGCUUGAUACAGCUCCCAUAUAAACCAAUCUCCCGAAUUUGCUUCUUGAGCCUCUACAGGGCGCAAUUCCCGUCCGAUUUAAAUAACAUUUUGCACAUGGAGUUUUGAUAUCACUUCCAACAACUGCGUGAAGUAUGGUCCAAAUCGGUGCAUAACAUGAUAUAGAUGCCUUAUAAACCGAUCUGGUAUCUUGACUUCUUGAGCUUUUAGAAGGCACAAUUCUUAUCCGAUUUGGCACAAAUUUUGUACAACGGCUUCUCCCAUGGCCUUCAACAAACGUGUGGAAUAUGGUCAGAAUCAAUCUAUAGCUUGAUACAACUCCCAUAUAAACCGAUCUCCCGAUUUUGCUUCUUGUGCCCCGAAUCGGACUAUAACUUGAGCUCCUUCUCCUCCGUGCUUAUUCAUUAUUCUUUGUUUGCCUAAAAAGGGGUACUACGCAAAGAACUCGACAGAUGCGAUCAUGUUGGAGGGUAUAUAAGAUUCGGCCCGGCCGAACUUAGCACGCUCUUACUUGUUUUUUUUUUUU